AUGGAUCAGGAUAAUAUCAAGCCACGUACCGCACGUACCAUUCCAGUGUCUGCUGCUGUGCCGUUUUUCCGGUCUAAGAACGGACCAGAUCCUGUAGCAUCCGUCAAGGAGCCUUCUAACUGUGUUCAAUCUACUGGUGAAGCUCCGCUUUCGAUUUAUGGUAGUGUUCUUCCUGAUGCUGGUCAGUCUUCAUUGCCCUAUUCUGUUGUGUAUCCGCGUGCUGGACUUUCUGGUAGUGCCAAUCAACACCCAGUAAUAUCCCCUACUCAAAACAAGCGCGGGUUAGUUCUCGAGGGAGCUGACAGUCGAUUCCACAUCUCACCAACUGCCGCCUCUUUCCCCUUGACCAUCCCAUUCUACGGAAACCUGUAUCCUGGCAACGACCCGGUUUUCCAGACUCUUGAAGACCUCGUCAACUGCUUGGCUAAGGUGGUUAAUGCUGCCGAAUCUCUCGAGUCAACUGUUGAAUCUCUCCAAGCCGAGAAUGAGCAGCUGCGCAAGUUUCACAUGGAUACUUUGGUCAUGAUUGGAAAGAUGAUCACUAACUACAAUGUACUUGGUGCUGGCACUCCUGGUGUAAAUCCACACCGCCUUCCGGGUGUCGCAAAGCAACUUGAGAUCUCUCAACUCCCCACACAAGUGGUUCCAUUUGCACGCAUCAAUGGUGAUGGAGUCAUUCCUUACCAUGGUGGACGAGGAUUUCCUGCUUCUAUGCUUUCUAAUGGCCAAGAUACUGCUCUACCUGGCUCAGUCUCUGCUCAUCCGCGUUCUGUUACGGUCAUGAAGAACCCCGCUCGCCAAGUUCAUGGAGACAGAAACGACCUUAACAUGCCAUUUAAGAUGGGCUCUCAAGUUCCUGCUCACCGUAAUGGAGUUCCGCACUAUGAACACUUCGUCGCUGAGCCUAAUCCCCUCCCUGCUAACGCUAAAUUCACUAUGCAUGGUCCAUUGCCGUCUAUGGCCUCCACCGGUCCUCGUGCCUCCAACGCCCACCAUAUGCAGCCAGGUGCCGUUUGUCCCAGUGGUGGCUUCAACUGUCAAGGUUCUCAAGUCAGUGGCCCCAACACCGUCCAAGUCACAGACUUGCGAUCUCGUCCCGCUUUUCGUAGUGGUGUCUUCAAUCACGAUGUCUCUCCAAGCCGCGGUCUAAGAAACGUGUCGGUCGAUUCUUUGAACAUGCAUUCCAGCAUCUUACAGCAUUGCGUCAAUCCCAUCAUGGCCUCUAAACCUGCUGUGUUCUACCCGCCCAAUGGAGUCAAUACUUUCUAUUCUGGAGGAGGCGCCGGCUUGGGUUCUGUUGGCAACGUCGACACCACUACUGACCUCUUCGAGUUUCAUAUGGACGCUGUUAAUUAUGAGGAUUCCUUUGAUGCAGACCUCUCAACUGGCUGUGACAUGGGUAACCAUGGCUACGACAUGGACCUGGGUCUGCCUACAUACUUCGGUCUCUAA